AUGUCAGAGUGGUCGCCUCUGCUCAACGGUCCCCCGGGGACCACGUCCUUCUGCGUCACUUUGGAGGACGCCUCGGGUCGCGAGGUGUCGCCAUGGCACGACGUGCCGUUGCAUUCCACCUCGGGCGGCUUCCACCUCGUUUGCACCACGCCCAAGGGGACUCAAGUAGACUGCCACGUGGCUGUUCAGGAGAGGCUCGCGCCGCUGCGCCAUCGCGUGCGAGCAGCCACUGCAGCGGCGGGCGGCGGGUGGCAGCUGGUGCAAUUCAACGAGCCAGUGCCCUGGAAUUGCGGCGUGCUGCCGCAGACGUGGUCGGACGGCGCACAGCGGUGCGCGGAGUUUGGAAACUUGCCGUUCGACGACAGCCCCAUAGAAAUGGUGGAGAUCGGCCGGCGCGUGCGCUCAGUGGGCGAGGUGUACUCUGUGGGGGCUCUCGCGGUGUUCGCGCUGGUGGACCCGCGCGGGUUGCGGCUGUCGUGGAAGGUGGUGGGCAUAGCGCUGGACGACGAUAGCGGCAUGGUGGACUCGCAGAACGGCUCCGUGCACAUCCUGCUCGACUCCAUCCAGGAGUGGCUGCACUCCUGCCGCGCUAUCCGAGGCGAGCGCGGGCGCGUGUUGCGGCUGAAGGAGGGCGUGGCGGACAAGGACAAGGUGCUCGAGAUCGUCGCGCACGCGCACGCCGCGUGGCAGCUGCUGCGCGCGGAGCGGCAGGCGGCGCUGAACCCGCGCAUGUCGAUGCUGGGGCUGGACGACGGCGACCUCAGCGAGGAGGAGGAGCUUGCGCGCGCCACCACGGGCGGGGGCAUGCUGGCGGGCAAGGUGGGGCUGGGCCCCCCCGUGCGCAUCUUCGGCGAGUCGUAUGCGUCCGACAUCGGCGGCCGGCGCACGAGCCGCUCGUCCGAGCGCGGCAAUGUGCGCACGCUGGGCGCGCCGGUGUUCGGCAGCAGCUUGCUGACGGAGUCGUGGGACAGCGAGGAGGAGAAGAGCCACUCGCGCCAGCAGUCGCUCGAGGACGACUGGGACGCGCCCGCCACUUCCAGGAAACCCGCCGCCGACGGGAACUUGGGGGGGGGUGGAGGGGGGAUUUGGGGCGGGGGUGGUGGCGCCCGGGGCGGCGGCGGAAUUUGGGGGGGUGCGGCGUCGACGGGGGGUCGAGGAGCUGGGGGGAUGUGGGGAGGGGGUUCGUGGCAGGAGCGCGAGAAGGUAAGCGCACCGGGGUUCAGCGAGGGCGCGGAUCGCGCGCUUGUGCGCGCCAGCUCGUCGGCGGAAACGUCGCGCAGCCCGUGGCGGGUGGACGAAGGGGGCGGGGGCUACCUGGACGAUGACGACGGCGGGCCGGGCGGGGGGAGAAUGGGGGGGGGGGCAGCGGUGGCUGCGGCAGGGGCAGGGGGAGUGAGUUCCCCUUCGGGCGCGCGGAGUGGGGAGGAUUGGGGCGAGGAGGAGCGGAUGGGGGACGGCGGGAAGAAGGGGUUGCGGCAGAAGAUCAUGGGGAAGCUGAAGCGCACGGCGCACAGCUGGAAAGAGGGCCUCACCAGCGGCGCCGACGAGCGCGACGGCCUGCGGGGGCGCGCGGGGUCGGGCGAGCUGAGCAUGUCUCCGCGCGCGCAGGCUGCGCACGACGCGUACGUGCAGCAGCAGGCGGAGGGCGACGACGAGCAGCCGCCGCAGCAGCAGGCGCAGGGCGGCACGUACGGCCAUGGGCAGCAGCAGCAGGGGGGCGGCAGAGCCAAGGGCGGGUGGCGUCCCUUCGCCGGGGGAGGGCUGCAGGCGGACGACCUCUCCGCCUCGCAACGCCACGGGCGCUCCAAGUCGUUCAUUACCGGGGGGCCCGGGGGAGGACAGGGGGGACCUCGCGGAAGCGGAGCGGUGGACAGCGUAGGGGCAGGGGCAGGGGCGGCGAGUGGGGCUGGCAGUGCGCAAGGGUCGAUAGAAGCGGGGUCAGGGGGGCGCGGGGCUGGCGAGGUUAACGCGGGCAGCAGCGCGGGCACGCCUGGUGCGGGUCAGAGCGGGCCUCGUAACCGACCCAUGUGGUUACCAGGCGGCUCGAAGCUGCCUUUAUUAAAUCGCCCAGUGUCGUCGUCGGGUCGCCUGGGUCGCAGCCCGUCCGUGGGCUUCCCUUCCUCGGGCACCCCCAAGGCGGGCGACGCAGGGGGCGCGGGCGCGGAGCUAGAUGCCUUUGACGCGCACUGCCGCGCCAAGGCCGCGCCUUUCUCCCCCCUCACCCCCUCCGCGUCCCUUUCGCCCCUCGCUAAUGGCAUUUCCGCUUCCAGCCUCCCCCCCCUGAGCCCCGCCCUUGGCUCUUCCCCCUCCAUGUCUUUGGGCGCGCGGGAGCUCUCCCGCACGCCCUCCGCGGACAGCCGCCACCUGCAGACCACCGCGCUCAGCCCGCUCGCCAGCCCCACCGCAGUGGGCGCAGGCCUGGGAUCCCGCGGGCGGGGCGCGCUGGCCGGCGCUGGGCGGGGCUCCGCGAUUCCGUCGCUGGUCGACAGCCCCUCCGCCAUCGGCGGUAGUCCCCUCGGGUCCCCGCGCGCGCCCACGCUCUCGGGGCCUCCCCCCCUCCACCGCGAUCUCUCCGCCCCAUCCGACCUGCUCUCCAGCCCCAGUGGGUCGCAGGGCGGCAGCUGGCCCCCCCCUGUUCCGCGCGCGGAUAAGAGCGGCGGCCAGCCUGAGCGGGAUGCCUCCGCUGGGAGCAAAGCAUCUCCCCAGGUGCGCGCGCUCUCCCCGCUUAAAGACCAGGGGGGGCUGGCUCUGGGGGUUAUAGCUGUGAGUGGCGGCGGCGGAACGGGACCGACCCCUCCGAGAACAGGCGGAACAAUGCGCGGAAAGAGCUCCUUGCGCUGGCGGCGGCCGGGCACUGCGCCCUCUGGGGGCGAGAAGGAGGCGCAGCUGCAAGCAGAGGGCGGAAAGGCAGGGGGCGCGCGGCUGCGAAGCGGGGAGAUGGAGGGCAGCGGGGAAGGGGGGGGACGUGGUAGCGGGGACGAGGAUGGGGCGCGGGCAGGCGCGGAGGAAUGGGAGGGCGACGAGAGUGAGGAGGGGGGGAGAAGGACGGGCAAUGGUGGCAGGAUGAGCGGAGAGGGAGUGGGGUCGGGCGGGGCAGGGCCAACAGUGUGGGAAGCGGGCGUAGGAAUGGGGGAGGGGAGCGAGGGCGCGGCAGUGGGAGAGGAGAGGGUGGAUCGGUUGCUGAUCCCGCACAACGGCGCGGGACCUGCGUCGGAGCCGCCCUCGCCCUCCGCCGCCUCGCCCACACCUGCCCCCGCGCCUGCUGCUGUGGCCGACGGCGCUGACGGCGUAGCAGCAGGGGCUGGAUGGGGCGGGGAGGGUACUGACGAGGGGGGAGGGGGCGCAGCAGGUGGGGCGGGAGGCGGUGGAGCAAGGCGCACCAGAUGGCGCAAGAUUGAAGUGGCGCGCCGUCCGCCCGUCCCCGUGCGGGGUGGUCCGGAUCAGGGGCAGGGGCAAGGGCAGGGGCAGUCAGCAUCAGCAACGCAAGCAGCACAGACUGUAGAGCUCGGACCGGGGCAGGGACAGGAGCAGGAGCAACGGCACGCCCAAGAGCAAGCGCCGUGGCUGGGGCAGGUGCAAGGGCAGGGGCAGGGGCAGGGGCAGGGGCAGGGGCAGGGGCAGGGGCAGGGGCAGGGGCAAACGAGGGCACUGUCUCCACUGCGUAUUGCGGAGUGUGUGGGGCGGGAAGAGGGCGAGCGGAGGGUGAGAGAUGCGGAGAGCCUUGUAGCGCGGGCGAGCGCGCGGCGCAACCAGGAGGAUGGCGCUGCGAUUCCGCGCACUGUGUCCUCCAGCCCGCGGGGCGUGCACGCCGGUGCAGGGGGGAAGCACGGGGGCAAAUGGAAAGAUACGGGGGGAGAUGGGAGAGGAGACGCGGGGGCACGGGCGGAAGCGGGGGGCGGGCGCGCAGUGUACACGGGCAGUCUGCGCACGCGGUCGGACAUGACGGGGGUGAUGGCGUCGUUCGACCCGCUGGACGCAGAGCAGAGCCGCGCGGGCAAGCAGCCGCACACGCUGCAGCUGGGAGCGAACGGCGGGGGGAGGGCGCAGGUGGCAGGUGAGCGAGGGAGGGCGGAGGCAGCGGGGUGGGACAGGGAGGUGCAGAGAAGCAGUGAGGCGGAAUGGGGGAGGGGAGAGAGGAGCAGGGAGGGGCGAUGGCGACACAUGUCAUGGCAGGCCGAGCCUGGCGGUAGAGACGAGUGGAGUGGCAACGGCGGUGAGAGGGGCCGCGGGGACGAGAAGGUCGUGCGCAGGGAGUGGGGGGGCGAGGGCGAGGAGGUUGAAGUGGGGGAGCAGGACGAGGAGGAAGAUGAUGAGGAGUACUUGGCAAGUCGAGCCCAGUAUUUGUACCGCUUGCAACCACAGAAGCAGCAGCCGCUGCCCUUGCCGCAGUUGCGGCAACAGCAGCAGCAGCAGCAACAACAGCGGCAGCGUCAGCAGCAGCAGCAGCAACAGCAGCAGCAGCAGCAGCAGCAGCGUGAGGAGAUGAGCGGCAAGGGCAUCUGGGAUGGCCGACUGGAGGGUCAGUUGCGACAAGGGGCCGAGAGGAGGGCGGGGCAUCAGGGACAGGGCGUGAGGGGGCCUGGCAUGGGCGGUGGGGAGCGGCGAGAGGCGCAGUGGGAUGCACGCGGGCAGCAGGGGGCGACGCAGCAGAUGUAUGAUAGCUGGUGCGCACGACAGGAGGAGCAAUACGCGGAGGAGGACGAGGAGCAGGAUGAGGAGGAUGAGGAGGAGGGGGAGGAGGGGGAAGAGGAUGAGGAAGAGGAAGAGGAGGAAUUGGAAGACGAAGGAGAUGACGAGGAGGAGGAAUUUGAGUAUGAAGGAAAAAGCGAGAGGGUGCGGAGAGAGGGAGAGAGAGCCGUUGAGCAAGAGGAGCAGGGCGGGCGACCUGCGUGCACGCAGGGGGGUGGCGGUAGCGGUGGGCGGGAGCGGCGGGGCAGCACACAGGGGUCGCGGGGGGAGGGCGAGUGGUGGGACGGGAAAGAGAGGCAGAGGGAGGAGGGCGGGUAUGGCAGGGGGGCGAGUAGCACAGGGCGGGUGGGGAACAGCGCUGGGGGAGCGGUCGGGGAGGGGCACUGUGGGGCGGACUCCCGGGGAGGGCGCAGCAGCAGCAGCAGUGACGGGCACAGGAGAGGGGGGGGGCGAGAAGGGGUGGUUUCAAGCGAGGAGGAGUACAGCAGUGGAGAGGGGGGGGCAGGCGCGAGGGUGUGGCAACAGCAGCAGCCGCCGGCGCAGCAGCAGCAGCAAUGGCAGGUGCGGGAGGAUGUGAGGGGGCGGGGUGAGGGGCGAGCAGGGGUGAGUCCUGCAAGGCCGCCGCGCAGCGGCACGUGGGACGAUGGCGACUUUGAGCGCGCAGGGCGCUUCCCCAAAGCCCUGUCGUAUGACUCCCCAGGGCGAGGCUCCCCCGGCCAUGGGCACGCGGGGCGCGGUGGCAAGGGGGCGCACGAGCACAGGGAUGCGCGCAGGGAGGCCGUUGACCGGAGGGGCGGCAGUGGCAGCACUGGCAAUGGCAGGGCGGAUGCGAGUCGCGGGGACAGCAGUGGGCGAGGGGAUGGCAGGGCAAGGCGAGGCGAUGGGCGCGUGGGUGGGGCUGAUGUGCGGGGCAGCGGUGGGGAGAGUAGGGGCGCGGUCGGGGAUGGCAGGGGCGGAGUGAGGGUUGGGGGGGCCGCUGGACCGAGGGGGCAUGUUGGGAGUGGGGGUGGGGCAAGGCAGAGCGAGGAUGGGCGAGCAGCGGCGCGCAUGAUGAUGCCUCGCAGCGCCACUGUGGCCGCCGUGCUCUCCACCUCCUCCCCUGGGGCCGCCUCGCCUGCCGCAGCAGCGCGCGGCGGUGCGGGCGGGGGUGCAGGUGCGAGUGGCAGUGGCAGUGGCAGUGGCAGUGGCAGGGGGCACGGGUCAAGUGGUGGCAGGGGGGCAGCAGGGCAGGUGGAACGGAGCGGCAGGCAGGGCGAGGAGAGGGCACAGGGGUUUGCAGGGGUGCAGGCGCGGGGAGGGGCGCAGGGGAAAGGGGGGGGAAGAGGGGUUGGGGCAACGGAGGUCGUACGACGCUGUGUGGAUGUGCCUUGUGGCCGCCCGUCGAUGCGUCUUUUGGACUUGUGA